CGACUGAGUAUCAAUGAAAAGCAUUCCCGCUUCAUGUCUGUAUACGUUACACGGUUUGUUCAAAUCUGUGUAAUUUUAUGUCAGUUCAUGCUAAUCGGCUUCAUUUUACUGUUGAAUUGAUUUGUUUUUCAUACUGAACAUACACCGGUUUUCUGCAUUUUACUUGUACUCGCAGGUUUAUAAAACUCCACUAUGAGUGAUGAAAGCUCAAUGGAUGACUCAGAUUCGCAGAAUGAAGGUGACAGCAGAAGUUGGGACAGUGAAGAGGAUCUUGCUUUAUUGGCAAGUCAGCUAUGUCGAGUCUGCGCUGAAGCUAGUGAAGAUAUGAUUCAAUGUUUUGGAGACAGAGGAAGGGAAAUUCAGCUGGUCGAUAAGAUACACACUCAUCUGCCUAUCAUGGUUACUGAAGAUGAUUUACUGCCAAUUAAUAUCUGUACUUCCUGUGUCUCAAAGCUGGAAAUAUGUCAUGAAUUGGUGAUCAACUGUUUGGAUGCAGAUGCCAGAUUACGGAGUAUUCUGGGCUUUGAUGUAAUGCCAACUGAUGAGGAACUGUACGGAUACACAAAACCAGAGAGUCCUGGUUCAAUUGAUUCCAAUGAGAAAUUAGAGCAGUCACAAGAUGAUUUGAUAAAACCAGACACAAAGAGAUUUAAAGAAGAGAAGCCAGAAGAAACUGAAGAAAAGCCUCAACUGGAUGAUAAACACAAUGCAGACCAGAAAAGUGGUGCAAAACCUGAGGUGAAGGCAGGUUACAAGGUGAUUUUGCUGAAAAUGAAGAAGUCAAACACAGUCUCACCUGAUACACAAAUGCAGAAGGCUAUGAAGUUUCUAAAAACAGGAGGAAAGACAUAUAAAGUUCUCAACACGACAAAUCAAAAAUCACUAAUUGUGAAGAAACCACAGAAUGAUGGAGUUUCUGGUAAAGGAUAUCAGCAGACAUCCUUGACCCAGGAAAGUGAGAUUCAUGCUAAAGAAGAACAGACUAUGAAAACUGAUGAACAGGAAGCAAAAGGGCAAACUGAUGAGGACAAUGUUAAAAAAUAUGCAGAUUGGGAUAAAAUAAAGUAUGUGUGUAUCUAUUGUGAUGAAAGUAUAGCAGGUAAAAAUGAAUUCAUCUUACACCAAAGUUCUGUCCAUAAUAAUGAAGUAUUUGGCUGCGAGCACUGCGUACUAGUUUAUGAACUGAAAGAAGAUUUUGAUGAGCACGUUAAAAGCCAUCAUAAUGAAAAAGCAAAUUCAGUUACAGCUGAGAAAAGUUCAAAUUACAGCAGCCUCACAGACCAAUCUGAUGACCAUGGUAAACGAAAAGACAAAUCUGAGUUUUCCACAAAACCUGCAAAGAAAACGAAGCUUUCGGAAAAUGUUAGUUCAAAUCCAGAGUGUCCUGUGAUUGUAGAAACAGAGACUGAGGGAGAAAAAUACUGGAAGUGCAAGGUUUGGCAGUGUAAAUGGUGCAAUCAUGUGGCAACUACAAAACAAGGCUGGAGGGAACAUGCUUGUGAGCAGCUACAGGAGUUUCAGUGUCUUGUCUGUGGCAAUCAGUUUGAUUCUGAACAAGAACUAGAGGAGCACCAGAAAACUGUUCAUAAGGAACAGAGAAGGAAUAACCUGAAGAAUCAACAACCAAAACAUACUGAAGAACAGAGGUUUCAGUGUGGUAUCUGUGGGAAAGUAAACAAUAGCCCUCUUUGUGACCACAGUUUCAAUCGCCAAAGGAACCUUGUGGCACACAUCAAACGACACAGAUCAGAAAAAGGGUUUACAUGCAGAGUCUGCCUUGAGACAUUUUCAAAUAGAGGAGAGCUCAUAAGUCAUCGAAGGAACCAUAGCAGGGAGGAACUGCUGGGUGUGAAGCCGUCAUUCUUAGUGAAGCAGAUAAAGGAAGAGGAGGAAGAGAUAGCAUCUUCAUCAUCAUCGUACAAAUGUCCAAUUUGUUAUAGGAUGUUUCUAACACAGCAGCGAUUGGAAAGUCAUGUGGCAAUGCAUACAGACAACAGCUUUCCAUGUCACAUAUGUGGAAAGGUUUUGAGCAAGAAAAAUACGCUAGAGUACCAUCUAAGAACACAUACAGGCGAGAAACCAUUUACAUGCAGCAUGUGUCCUGGAGCUUUUCAGUCUCGCGUUGGCUUGAUUGUACAUGAAAGAAUACACACAGGAGAGAAACCUUACCAAUGUGAUCAGUGUGAGAUGGCAUUCCGAUGUCGUGCAACACUUAAUCAGCACAAGGUUGUCCACUCUGAUGAGCGGCCUUAUCGUUGCAUGCACUGUGGAAGAGGUUUUAGAAGACGUGACACACUGGACACACACAUACGCACCCAUACAGAUGAGCGUCCCUAUGCAUGUAGGCUCUGUGGACGUGCCUUUAGGCAGAAAGGAGAUUGCAGCAAACAUGAGAAAACUCAUGGAAAACGAGGAAAGUCUGUUGUGCUACUUACUGAAGGAGACAAUUCAGCUAUGUACACCUGUCCAUUGUGUGGACAAAUGUAUGAGGUGAAAGAGGAUUUGGACCACCACUUUGAAAAUGAACAUACGCCUGAAGAGAAAGCUUCUAGUAUUGUUAUUAUAAAUUCUGACAAUGUUAUAACAAUUCCAAGCAUUGCUACUGUUGCAGAGGAAAUUCCAAGUCUUGUGCUUCAUGAACUGUCAUGAAUAUAAAUAAUACUGUUUUUUAUACACAUCUGGCAAGACAUUCAUAAGUAUAAUAUGCAGUUAUUGUAAUUUACAAUGAAAUUUUAUAAGUACAAAUACUUUAGGACCAAAAAUAAAAUUGUACUAAUCCUUUUAUUUUUAUCUUAAAGUGUACUGAGGAACA